UCUUUCUCUCCACUUCUCUCUCUCCUCCAAAAACAUUACUACCAAUUCUUCACCACACUCUCUCUACAAACCCAUCUCCCAUCUCUCUCCUCUCCCUUUCUCUCUCAACCCUCCUCUCCCACCUCUAACUCCUUCCUCCAGAAUUUCCAAAAAGCGUCAAAUGGAAAAUCCAGAGUUCUACCAAGGACCUGCAGGAUACUACACCAACGCCCAAUUCACUCCGGAAAAGCGCCAUUCCGACACCAAAUCCGCCGCCGGCGACCAUUUCAUCGUCGAGGACCUCCUCGAUUUCCCCAACGACGAUGCCGUCGUUUUUGACGGGAAGUACGACCCCGUCACUGGAACCUCCGCUGACUCUUCUGCCGUAACCGCCGUCGACAGCUGCAAUUCCUCAUUCUCCGGCGGCGAACCUCACUUUUCCGGCGACAUUGGUUGCCGGAGCUUCGCUGAUGCUCAGUUCUCUAACGACCUCUGCGUCCCGUAUGAUGAUUUAGCUGAGCUGGAGUGGCUAUCCAACAUCGUGGAAGAGUCAUUUUCGAGCGAGGACUUGCAAAAGCUGCAGCUUAUAUCGGGCAUGACUUCGGGGCGGGCGGCUGAGGGAUCAUUCGAAACCACUCGCGAAUUCAACCCGGACGCAACCACCCAUAACAACUCCAUAUUCCAUCCCGAGGUUUCGGUUCCGGGUAAGGCCCGUAGCAAGCGUUCGCGCGCCGCCCCAUGCAACUGGGCCUCCCGCCUCUUGGCCCUCUCCCCUACCUCCUCUGAAUCUGGUGAAAUCGGACACAACUCCUCCGGCACUGGCAGCAGCAGCAGCAACAACAAGACAGUCCUACUCAAACCAAAGAAGAAAGAAGGCGGAGAAAACCUGUCCCAUGGGCCCGAUAGCGCCGGCGAUGGGAGGAAGUGCUUGCAUUGCGCCACCGACAAGACCCCGCAGUGGAGGACCGGGCCCAUGGGCCCCAAGACCCUCUGCAACGCUUGCGGGGUCCGAUACAAGUCCGGCAGGCUCGUGCCCGAGUACCGUCCCGCGGCCAGCCCGACGUUUGUGCUGACCAAGCACUCCAAUUCGCACCGUAAAGUGAUGGAGCUCCGGCGGCAGAAGGAAGCCUAUAGGGCCCACCAACUGCAGCCGGGGCAGUUUCUUCAUCAGGAUCGCAUAGAUUUUGAAGGAUUGGACGGUACUGAUGAUUACUUGAUCCACCAGCAUAUCGGGCCCGAUUAUCGGCAGCUGAUCUAGAAUAUUGUGCCCGGUAGUCCGGGGCAAUAGUGAAGAAAUUCUUUAGGGAAUUACUUCCUUUUUUUUUUUUUUUUUUCCAAUUUCCUACGAUGGUUUGUUCCUAACUUUCAAAUUUUGUAGUUUUUGAUUUGACAAUUUGAUUCUUAGAAAACAAGGAAGGAGGAUUAGAUUAGGGGGAAUGUGUAGACUCUCUAAUGUCCUUUGAGUACUUUCUUCUCAAGCCAAAAUGGGCAUAUUCUUGAACCAAACCAAUUUUCUUUAUUUAUUUAGACAAGUAUUUACUAUCUCCAUGGG